AUGAAGAAGUCAGUUGCUCAAGGUGGGCGGCGAGCCUUAACUGUAACGCACGAGAAGGCCAUAAGGGGCAACAUGACAAACUUAAUGAUUCUCACUGACCAUCCAAAGCCAAGGGAAGAAUCGUUCAGCAACUUUGAAAUUGCCAUAGGGAAUAUGACGCCACCGAUAGAUGAGCCGGCCACCGUUAGGCCCAAUGCCGUUGCUCGAUUCUGGCCGAAAUAUUGGGAUACCGUUGCCAUCGCUGAGAAUUUCCGCAGGGCGAAUGAGCUAUUUUUAUGUCCGAUUGCGGGUUCUAAUCGCGGUGGACGAGGGAGGCAUACCCAUGCACCGAAACGAUCAAACAAUGGGCCUACUAUUACACCCAUGGAGAACUGUAAAAAUACUGACAAAAAUCCAAUCCAAGGCACGCCUGUAUUCCUCCAUCCGGUGAUUCUGCUAAAUCUAUUCGGGUGUCUCCUUCAUCGAAUUUACUCGUAG